AUGAAAACAUUUGCACUGUACUUCCUACUUCGUUACCAGCUGGAGACCGAUCGGUCUACAACGUUGAUCGUUGUAAUCACGUUGGGCUCCAUAUUUACAAUCAUAUCGUGCUGCAGUUCUAAUUUCCAAUGCCUAACGUUACUAAUGAUACCGCAGAUCCUGAGCAAACGGGGUCGAGCGGCCAUGGUUGCCUAUCUAUUUGUCCUGGCACUAAACGGGCCAGCCAGAAAUACGAUAGCCAACGUUAACGUUCUGGGCCAAGCAAUGACAUGUGGACAGCAGCAGCUGAAGGUUGCAAUCCACGAGGCCUUGCAAACGAUCAAAGUUCCGUUUGUGGCACUGAAGAAAGUAAUUGGCGAAAUUGUUAGUGAAGUGGAAAAGGCUUUGUCUAAAGUUUUACAAAUCUUGAAGAGAAUUAUGCUAUUAGUAAAACGAAUUUUGAACACCAUAAAAAUGGGAUACCAGUGGCUGGCGAAUACUGUUUCUGUGUGCAACAAGAAAAUUGGCACCCCGUUCGAGCGAUGCGUCCGGGCAUUGCAAUUCGCGGUGGAAGACUGUAAACAGAAAAUUCCGGCGAUGGCGAUUCUCUGUGAAGUCACCCAUGUUGCAAAAGCAGUUUGUUACAGCGUGAAAGUUAUAGAUUACAUGUGUGAAUUGAUUGAUUUUGCCAGCGAUAAUAUUAUCAAAAUAAUAGAACGAAAGCUAAACGAUUUCAUGGAAAACAUUCGAAGCAUGUUUUAUGUUAAAGUAGAUUUUGAUCACGCCUUCGCGUUUCAGACCAACUAUUCUAAAACAUUUUCGCAAAUCACCGAGGAAAUUAGAGAGGAAAUCAGUCACAAAAGCAGAGGGUUGUUCACUUUGUUCAACCUUUUUGGUGUAAUUUCUAGUUUUUGUUUUAUCUGCGUCGUUAUUAGAUCAGUACGAUACAAAAUGAAGUACCUAACAAAAAAUGUCUUUGACAAUUGUUACAUCAGCCGAGAUUUCAUGGCAAUCGACGAACGUCGACGCCAGAUGGGCCGAGAUUGUGUACUUCCAUUAACGCGAAGGGAACGCAAUCGUUAUAUUAGCUUAACCUCGUGCAAACUGACACGGAAAGAAAAACUCCGCAUUGCAAGAAAUGCCGUUUUUCUGUUUGUUUCUUCUGUGAAAAUAGUCGGAAUAAUCAGUGGUGAUUACUGUCUCUACUGGCUGUUGACUACGGUGCGGUACGCUGCACUGAAGCAGGCAGGAAUCGAAAGACCUCCGAUGGUUACGUUAGAGGUCCGUGGAUCCGGUAUCAUUGCUGACAUGUAUCGCGGUAUAGUAGGAGCAUUCGAACCAAUGGUCCAGCAUCUGGACGUCAUCGACGCGGUUCAGUGUGCUCCUGAACCGCUGGAGCCAAACUUAAAUCGAUAUCUACUGAUCUGCCUAUCGCUACUCUUUUGCUGGAUGGCUACAGUCCUAGAACCAUAUGGCCUGCGAACUCGCCAAUUAAUCAUGAGGGGCUAUUUUCCGGAACGCGCUCAAGAGCGCGCCGUGUGGUUGUAUAACGAUAUACUAUUGAAGAGAGAAACCUUUGUAAAGAUCGUUCGAAGACAAUUGGCUUUUGGAAGAAAAACAGCUCCUCAGGAAGCAAUCGGUUGGCUGGAUGUGAUCAGAGCAAAAACUAAUCGGUAUUGGAUUUAUCGUAAGCUUUUUGGAGAAAAUGGAUCGAAAAGGUGUAUUUUGUGUAGUACGAGGCAUACAACUGAUGAUUUGGUUACUUGUCUGCGACCAGGAUGCACCGGAAUUUUUUGCUACGAUUGUUUCUUGGAACUACAAAACGUAUGCUCGAUUUGCUCAGAACCGAUGGCUUUAGGUGAUUUGAACGAUGACUCGUUUGAAAGAGAUUCCUCCGAAACAGAAUCGAUUGUGUAA